AUUGUAAUUGAAAACAGUUAUUUUCAUUUACAAUUUGAUACAACUUGAAUUUUUCAUGUUUUACUCUUCGUUUUGUGUAUUAUUUAUAAUAAAAAACAAUAGCAUAAUAUGAAUUUAGUGAUAAGACAAGUUCUAAAUAGGCAAACUUUUAGACUAUGUGACAAAAUUACAUACAAAUGUUUACCAAAACAUCUUCCUGUAACCUCAACAAACAAUGUUACACAAUUUCGGAAUUACUGCCAAGAUACGAGCGAUACAAGGAAGUUGCCUCCUUUGAUGGAGUUCCCACCAGUCGUGUGGCCAUCCUUUAUUAAAUUCAUUAAGAACUGGAUGUUUGCGAACUUCAUAAUUCGGCCUUACUUUGAACCAGAAUUUAGUCUUGGCGAAUUCAUCGAGGCUUCCAAACACGCAGUUCAGGUUGUUUCAGAUGCCUUACAAAGGAGCGAUUUCAAGUCACUUGAGGGUCUAGUGGAGAAAGAUGCCAUUGCAGCAUUAAAGACUGCUGUAUCAAAACUCUCUAUGUCUCAAAGACAGCUGUUAGCGAUAGAGAAGGAAGAUAUUUUCUAUGCCUUCCCUUAUCAGGUGGGUAUUAUGUUUGACGAUGCAGAUAAACGCUGGGUGGAAAUCACUAUGUGCUACCAUGUGCUCAAAGGUCUGAAACAUAUGAAAGACACUGGUGACUUACCACCAAUCUCUUUAGGAUCACAACCAGAAUAUGAGGAUAAAAUAUUCAUUUUAAACUACAGAUUCAUUAGGGAAUUCACAAAAGGAGUUGAAGACAGCUGGUGGGUGAACAUAGUGAACCAUUUUCAGCCACAUUCGCUCAUAAAAAAAUAGUUUAAAUAGUGAAAGGGCAAGUUUAAUGCAUGUUUAAGUUUAUACAGUCAAUAGUAAGAACAUAUGAAAAUAAAUAAAACAGUUUAAUUGUUAAAAAUAA